GCGUGGGCGUGGCUUGCGCUUUGCUCUUUUGGGCGCCGCUCGCCGUGCUAGUUGGCGUGAAAGUUCCGGCGGCGGAGGGAGGACAAGCACUCGGAACCGAAACAUGGACCUUUCCCCCGGCCGUUGAAGGUCCUCGCCACCCUGGGCCAGGAAAAUAAAUCCCAUGCAUUUACUUUAGGGCUGUUUUUGUUCCUCCGAACUCGCCCUAUCGAGCAUGAAGGCAGUCCGCAGGUGCAGGCUAAUUAGCGGAUAACGCUUCCUUUUUUUAUUUUUUCAUUUUUUUUUUUUGGACGUCCUCCAUGGAGGGUGUCCUCUUCGUCCUCAUCCUCCUCCCGGCCUGAGGCGACCGCUCGGGGGGGGGGGGGGGAGUGGAGAAAUGUCCUCCGAGGUGGCCCCCUCUCGGGUCCACCUCGACUCGGACUCCGGGAGCGUUUCCAAAGCGGGAGAAGACGACGACCGGAACUCAGACAGCACCGAAGAUGACGAAUGUGAAGAAGACGAGAAGCUGGACCACAUCCCCUACGCUCCCUGCGGCGCGUCCCUCAGGAAGUCGAGCCACCCCGAGCUGAAUCUGCGCCUCAGGCGACACCUCAGCGACGACGGCAAGUACAUGAGAAGACGCAGCCUGGGCGGAGGACUCACAGGACAGUACCUUUUGCUCCCGGCCCACGUCCAGCAAACGACAUGGCCGCCGCAGUCGUUAUCCGAGAGCUCCUCCAACCUGGUCCACAUGCGCGUGCGCAACCUCGGCAAGUCGGACCCGUCCCUGACCUCCAGCUUGAAGGAGCUCAGUCUUCCCAGGAGAGGCAGCCUCCUCACGCCUCGGAGCUUGAGCCCCACUCCCACUAGCCCGUGCAGCCCGUGCAGCCCGCUGCACGCCUUUCACUUCUGGAGCUGCAGGACGAGCAACAGGAAAAGCCUGAUCGGCAGCGGGCAGUCCGCUGGUCUGCCGCGGCCCCACUCGCCCCUCUCGUCCCUCACAGGCUCGAGUCCGCAGGACAGCCCGAGGAACUUCUCUCCGAGCGCCUCCGCUCAUUUCUCCUUUGCGCGAAGGAGCGAUGGCCGCCGGUGGUCGCUGGCCUCCCUUCCCUCCUCCGGAUAUGGAACCAACACCCCCAGCUCCACCGUCUCUUCGUCCUGUUCAUCACAGGAGAAGCUGCACCAGCUGCCCUUCCAGCCCACGCCGGACGAGCUGCACUUCCUCUCCAAGCACUUCUGCACCGAGAGCAUCUCCGCCGACGAGUGCCGCCGGGCGGCGGCCAUGCGACCGCGCUCGCGCAGCCUGAGCCCGGGAAGGUCCCCGUCCUGUUACGACCACGAGAUCAUCAUGAUGAAUCACGUCUACAAGGAGCGCUUCCCCAAGGCCACCGCUCAGAUGGAGGAGAAAAUCCAGGAGAUCAUCCGCGGCAACUCCCCCGAGAACGUCCUGCCGCUGGCCGACGGCGUGCUCGGCUUCGCCCACCACCAGAUCAUCGAGUUGGCGCGCGACUGCCUGGAGAAGAGCCGGCUGGGCCUGGUCACGUCCAGCUACUUCUGCGAGCUCACCGACAAGCUGGAGCGGCUCGUGCAGGAGUCCACCGAGCGCUCCGAGAGCGAGGAGGUCAACUUCAUCCGCGAGCUGGCCAAGAAGAUCCUCAUGGUCAUCGCCCGACCCGCCCGGCUGCUGGAAUGUCUGGAGUUCGACCCCGAGGAGUUCUACCACCUCCUGGAGGCGGCGGAGGGCCACGCCAAGGAGGGCCAGGGCAUCAAGACGGACAUCCCUCGUUACAUCAUCGGCCAACUGGGACUCACCAGAGAUCCCUUGGAAGAAAUGGCCCAGUUAAGCAGCAGCGACAGCGGCAUUGCGCAAACGCCAGAAACGGAUGACUGCUCCCAGAGUCUGAGCGGCGCCCUGAGGUCCAGACGUAAACCGUGCGAGUUGGACUUUGAGUUGACAAAACUCAUCAGCAACGGCGCCUACGGGGCAGUGUACCUGGUGCGGCACAAGGAGACCAAGCAGCGCUUCGCCAUGAAGAAGAUCAAUAAGCAGAACCUAAUGCUGAGGAACCAGAUCCAGCAGGCCUUCGUGGAGCGGGACAUCCUCACCUUCGCGGAGAACCCCUUCGUGGUCUCCAUGUACUGCUCCUUCGAGACCCGGCGGCACCUCUGCAUGGUCAUGGAGUACGUGGAAGGCGGAGACUGCGCCACACUGCUGAAGAACAUGGGCCCCCUGCCCGUGGACAUGGCUCGGAUGUACUUUGCCGAGACGGUGCUGGCCCUGGAGUACCUUCACAACUACGGCAUCGUGCACCGGGACCUCAAACCAGACAAUUUGCUGGUGACGUCCAUGGGCCACAUCAAGCUGACCGACUUCGGCCUGUCCAAAGUGGGCCUGAUGAACAUGACCACGAACCUGUACGAAGGCCACAUCGAGAAGGACGCCCGCGAGUUCUCCGACAAGCAGGUGUGCGGCACGCCCGAGUACAUCGCCCCCGAGGUGAUCCUGAGGCAAGGCUACGGCAAGCCGGUGGACUGGUGGGCCAUGGGCAUCAUCCUCUACGAGUUCCUGGUGGGCUGCGUGCCCUUCUUCGGGGACACCCCCGAGGAACUCUUCGGACAGGUCAUCAGCGACGAGAUCAACUGGCCGGAGGGAGAGGAAGCGCCGCCUGCCGACGCCCAGGAGCUCAUCGGUGUCCUGCUCAGACAGAAUCCUCUGGAGAGGAUGGGCGCAGGUGGCGCCGCCGAGGUGAAGCAGCACCCCUUCUUCCACCACCUGGACUGGAACGGCCUCCUCCGCCAAAAGGCCGAGUUCAUCCCGCAGCUGGAGUCCGAAGACGACACCAGCUACUUCGACACUCGCUCGGAGCGCUACCACCACCUGGAGACGGAGGAGGACGACACCAACGACGAGGACUUCAACGUUGAGAUGCGCCAGUUCUCCUCGUGCUCUCACCGUUUCUCCAAGGUUUACAGCAGUCUGGACCUUUCUCGCGGCCACGCCGAGGAGAAAGGGGACGUCGCAGAGGACAAGAAAAGCGAGAGCCCGCCCACGCUCGACUCGCUCAGUUGGACGCCGGACUUCACCGACAUGCCGUCGCUGUCGGCAGACGGCGAGCCGUCGCGGCGGAGUCCGGCCGCCGCCCCGCUCCCCAAGUUCGCCAUCUCGGCCUCGGAGAGCGAAGAAGCGGACGAGUCGUCGGGCCUGGGAGACCCCAGCAAGACCUCCUACUCCGUGGGGGAGCUGCCACGGGACGAGCCCGACGCCACCACGCCCGGGAGCACCCGCAGCGAGGCCACGCUCUCCGGAAGUUUCUCCGAGCACUUGGACCAGCUGACGCCCCAGGGCGAGGGGGUGGAGAGCCCAGACGGCGACCAGGGGGCAGCGGCGGUCUCCGCAAAACCCAGCUGCAGCGGGGGGAACGAGAAGCCGCGGGCGUCCGUGAAAGUCCACAAAUCUGUUUCCACCGGCGCGCUCUCCCUCAUGAUCCCCUCAGACAUGUUUGCCGUGUCUCCGCUGGCGAGCCCGCUGUCGCCGUACUCGCUCUCGUCAGAACCCUCGUCCUCGCGGGACUCUUCCCCCAUCAGAGACUCGUCCUCGUCCUCGUUGUUGACGCGGCAGCCGGUGGUCAUCCACGGCAGCGGCAAGAAGUUCGGCUUCACGCUGCGGGCCAUCCGGGUGUACGCCUGCGACGGCGACGUCUACACCGUCUACCACAUGGUCUGGAACGUGGAGGACGGCGGCCCCGCGCACAAAGCCGGACUGAAGGCUGGCGACCUCAUCACGCACGUCAACGGCGAGACCGUCCACGGCCUGGUCCACACCGAGGUGGUGGAGCUCCUGGUCAAAAGCGGCAGUAAGGUGUCCAUCACCACCACGCCGUUUGAGAACACGUCCAUCAAGAGAGGCCCCGCCAGGAGAAACAGCUACAAGAGCAAGAUGGUGCGAUGCGCUAAGAAGGCCAAGAAGGAGAAGACCCCGGAGAGGAGGCGUUCCCUUUUCCGGCGUUUCGCCAUGCAGCCCUCCCCCCUUCUGCACACCAGUCGCAGCUUCACGUCGCUGAACCACUCCCUGUCAUCCGGCGAGAGUCUGCCCGGCUCGCCCACGCACAGCCUCUCGCCCCGCUCGCCCACCGCCGCCUUCCGCGCGCCGCCCGACUUCACCCUCUCAGGUGGCAACUCUUCCCAGAGCAGCUCGCCCAGCUCCAGCGCGCCAAACUCCCCUGCGGGUUCCACUCAUAUCCGGCCCAGCACCCUGCACGGCCUGGGCCCCAAGCUACCCGGCCAGCGGCUCCGUCAGGGGCGGCGCAAGUCCGCGGGUAGCAUUCCCCUUUCCCCCUUGGCCCGCACGCCCUCACCCACCCCGCAGCCCACGUCUCCUCAGCGCUCGCCCUCCCCGCUGCUCAGCGGGCACUCUGUGGCCAUUUCCAAAAGCGCGCAGUCCUUCCCGGUCAAGAUCCACUCGCCGCCCACCAUCAUCCACCACAUGGUGCGGCCGAAAAGCGCCGAGCCCCCGCGCUCGCCGCUCCUGAAACGAGUGCAGUCUGAGGAGAAGCUGUCGCCCUCCUACGGGGCGGAUAAGAAGCACCUGUGCGCCCGCAAACAAAGCCUAGAGGUGACGCAGGAGGAGGCGCAGGAUCAGGCGGACGGGGACGGCGGCGAAGGCGGCACUCCGGAGGGGAACUCUUGUGAGGUGGCGGCGACGGCGGCGGUCCCCCGCGUUCGGCCCGUCGAGCAGGGCUGUCUGAAAAGGCCAGCGGGCCGCAGGGAACGCCAAGAGUCACUCGAGGAGCUCGACAAAUCGGCCACCAAGCGGGAGUCCGAUCCAUCGGGUGCCGAUGACUUGCUCCCUCGGAGUCAAAGCAAAACCGAGAUGGCGAGCGUGGCCCUGAAAGACGUCUUGUACAAAAAACUCAGUCGCGCGUCAGACAUUGCGAGCGACUCAGCUGGCGACGGAGAGCGGUCGCAUCCUCAAGCGGCCAAAGACAAGGCGGAGCGGUCCGACCUGAAGGCUGCCGGCAUGGACUUCACCAGGAAGCGGCUCUCGUUCGAAGAGCGAGACGAGUUUGUUUGUCGGCUCUCCCCCGCUAUCCACGAAAACCUUCAUUUUGCCGCCACCCGCUCCAAAAGCCUCCAGCUGGACGCGGCGGCGGCCGCUCACGAGCACAUGAAGGCCGGACUGGGCGGCGACGGUCCGAUCACUCCGAAGAUGUUCUCGGGGCGAGGGGAGAGCGCCGUGGAGAAGCUGCAGCUCAUCGCGUCAGGCGAGUGUCCUCUGAGGAAGACGGCGUCAGACUAUAAACUGGAGGGGCGUCAUGUGUCCCCUCUUAAGCCUCUGGAGGGCACCCUGGACAUCGGACUUCUUUCUGGACCCAGAGUCUCCAAAACGGACACGUGUUUAUCCAAAAUGGCGGAGAGCAAAAUGGCCGGUCCACCUCUUUGGCUCCAAAGCGCUCUGGAGCGACAGCUGAAAGCGCCGGAAAAACCCAAAAGCCCCCUCGCGUGCCCAACGAGUCCCGACACCACCUCCACCUCCCCGAACGUGUUCCCCAAGGAUCACUCGCUCGGAGAGAAAACAAAGAGCAGACACGACGCAGACUGCUCGAAACAGGAGAGCAGAACCUGCAUGAAGGUGGCUCCGUCCCGUCACAGCUCUCACUUCUCCUGCGGGAAGACGCCCUCCAUUCGAGAAGUCAGCAACGAAGACCAGGAUGACGAAGCAGAGCAACCGGAAGUCGACGGGGAAAGUCUUCCUGUGCGAGCAGAUGCGCCUUCUCCUGUGAGUUUGGGUCUGGGCAAAGAGGGGACGCCCCAAGGCAGUUCUGGACCACGUGUCCCUUCCCCUAAGUUGGUCGGAACCUCUGGCGGUUGGAGCCCUUCCUCUCAAAAUGAUGGGUUCUCCUCAAAGGAUUGUCAUCCAAAAGUUGAACUGGGUGGCGUCCGAACAUCAGUGGGCGGAACCCCGGUGACCAACAAAGACCAUCUGGCAUCAGACUCUCCGAAGACUAAAGGAGCUUCUGAGCUGCUGGGAGAAAAGGCCCACAGGGUUCCGAAACUUCUAGAACCUUGGACCUCGAACAAACCAGAAGCUAUUGAGACCACGGCGGGUCUUGAUGAAAACAAAACCAGGUCUAGUCCCCAGCCCACUUCAUUUCCUGAUCCGAAACAUUCAUCCAGAGAAGCGCCUCCCGCCUCUCUUGUCGCCCUUGACUCCAAACGCAGGGACGCCACGUCGGCCUCCGGUGAGGAAGCAACGCAGCCACUGCCGCCGGAACCAAAAUGUCCAGUAGCAGCCUGCCCUCCGGCACUCAAAGAAAGCACAGAACCCAACCCCAAAUUUCUGAAGACUACCACCUCGGGGGCGGCUCACAAGCCAUCCGUGGCUCCGCCCAAGCAUAAAGAACCUUCGCCCAAAAAGCAGUCCGUGAAGGAGCAUCACGACCCGAAGCCCAAACACCCCAACCAGGCCGGAGCCAAGGCGAGCGGUGACUCCUCGGACCCCCCCGACAAAGCGCUGCCCCCGGACAAGGCGGUCAAGAAGAAAGCAGCGCGGCAAGAAACCCCGAACGAGACUCGCGCAGGGGCGCGGACAAAGACUCUGCCCGAGGGACGACGCCGCGUGUGAAGUCAUAUUUCCCCAUUUUCAUCAACACCGGAGGACCGGACCAGCUGUUACGCGAGAGCUCGUCCCGACUGGGAGAAGCCUCGCCGAUUAGGUGCCAUAAAAAAAUGCUCGCACUCGCACCUUUUUUGUCGUUUUAAUGCAGUAGAACCGCCACGUCGCGUGGGGGGUCGGCGGGCGGUAAGACGCUUCCUCACAUUCCUUUCCGCGCGGAUCGGAUUGGUCACGGGAUUUGUGGGCGGAGCCUUUCCGGUGGAUCGCGUCCUCGUCGGAACGUGAGGUGAGGGAGGGAUGGCGGGGUGGGUGGGGGCGCUACAUGUAGCAUUACGCACAUAAAACUGUGGCUGAGAAUGUCGUUUGUGUCCAACGUACAGGAUCAUCUGGUCCCUUAAAAAAAAAAAAAAAAAAAAAAUUAUCGUACGUUUAUAAUGUUUUGCAGGAGGGGGCGCCACCUCUCCUGAUUGGUUAGAAAGGCAUCGGAUCGACUCGGAUCUUGUUUUUGCGUCGCACAAGUCAUAUCAUCGCUUUAAAAAAAAAAAAAAAUCGGCGUUCCGUAGUUAGCUAGCGAUCUGCCCGACGAGGAGGAUCCUAGCGGGGGGGCGCCGAUUGGUUACAAGAGAUAUCACAUGACCUCGGAUCCUAAGAAUGUCGUUAAUGUACAAAAACUGAAGAAUGUGUCACGGGAUGGGUUCCACCCCCCCCACCCCCCUUGAGGCCUUUCCGGUGUCCUGAUUGGUUACAAAAUGUUUUGCAGGAGGGUCCCAACGGGGCCCUGAUUGGUUAAAAAAAAAAAAAAAAAGUCACAUGACUGGAUUGUGAAUCAUCACUCGCUAGCAUCAUUAAUGUACGUUCACAAUAUUUUUGGACUUGUCGGGGUUUUGGGGGGGCCUUGAUGUCUGUCCCCUGCUCGGUUGAAUAAGAUAUUACGACUUUGGAUUGUUAUCAUUUAGUUUAAUUAUAAAAAAAACAUAAAAAUGUAUAGCUAAUGCUAACAUUUACAGACAGGAAGUUUCGGAUGCCGCCCACCCUUGCGCAGGUCC